CAAAUUCAGUGUGAGCCGAAAACUCAACGAAAGCUGGUCGAAAAAUGUUGUUCAUAAUAUAUUUGGUGAUCGCGAUAGCAACGCUGCUGGCGUAUCUUCUGUAUCGCAAUACAACCUACUGGAGAAAUCGGGGAAUACCUCAGGAGCCACCACAUCCAUUCUUUGGCAAUCUGAUCGGAUUCAGAAAGACGCGCACAGUACACAGAAUUCUGGAAGAUUACUACAAUAAAUUUCGGGACACCAAUCAUCCAUUUGUGGGAUUCCACUUCUUGCAUAGGAAAUGCGCCUUCGUGUUGGACAUGAAAUUGGCAAAGAACGUGCUGAUUAAGGACUUUUCCAACUUUGCUGAUCGUGGUCAGUUCCACAAUGUUCGCGAUGACCCUUUGACUGGCAAUAUCUUCAAUUUGGAUGGCAAACGUUGGAAGGAGAUGAGACAGAGAUUGUCCCCCACGUUUACAUCUGGAAAAAUGAAGUUCAUGUUUCCGAUUGUCAUUAAGGUUUCUGAGGAAUUCGUCAAGGUUAUGUUUGAAGAAGUUCCUGCCAAGUCUGAAGGUUCAAUUAUCGAGAUCAAAGAUCUAAUGGCUCGCUUCACCACCGAUGUCAUUGGCACCUGUGCCUUUGGAAUUGAGUGCAAUACUCUACGUACUCCCGAGUCCGACUUCCGCAAAAUGGGAAGCAAGGUCUUCACUGACCUACGACACGGUGUUUUGCUCACCGCACUCACCUUCAGUUUUCCCAAUUUGGCAGCCAAGCUGCGAAUGCGAAUGAUGCCUCAAGAUGUCCACGAGUUCUUCAUGGGUCUAGUUAAUGAAACAAUAGCAUACAGGGAAAAGGAGAAGAUCAAGCGCAACGACUUUAUGGAGAUGCUGAUCGAGAUGAAGCAGAGGGGAAGCUACACUCUGGAAAGUGGUGAAGUUGUCGAGGGAUUAAACAUUGGUGAACUGGCAGCCCAAGUCUUUGUCUUCUAUUUGGCUGGAUUCGAGACUUCCUCCUCAACCAUGAGCUACUGUUUGUAUGAACUUGCCCAGCACACCGAUAUUCAGGAUAAGGUCAGGGAAGAAAUUAACAAUGUGCUGGAGCAACAUGAUGGAAAAAUUACAUACGAAAGUAUUAAAGCUAUGCAUUACUUGGAUCAGGUGAUAUCAGAAACCCUACGUCUUUACACGAUUGUGCCCCACAUUGAACGCAAAGCUCUGCAUGAUUACGUUGUUCCUGGUCAUCCCAAUUUAGUGAUAGAAAGUGGAACUCAGAUAAUAAUACCUGCAGCUGCUUAUCACCGCAAUGAAAAGUUCUAUCCCGAUCCUGAGAAGUUUGAUCCGGAAAGGUUCUCAGCUGACGAAGUCGCUGCUCGGGACUCUGUGGAGUUUUUGGCUUUUGGAGAUGGCCCAAGGAAUUGUAUUGGCAUGCGUUUUGGCCAAAUGCAAACACGUGUUGGAAUGGCUCAACUGAUAAAGAACUUCAAGUUCUCAGUUUGUGAGAAGACAGAUAUUCCUCUUACUUACAAUCCCGAAUCGUUUGUCAUGGGCACAAUUGGAGGCAUCUAUUUGCGUGCCGAGCGAGUUUAACGUAUUAAUUUAUUUUAAUUUA